ACGACCUCUUCUCAUGACGCGGCUGCAGCCCGUCGUCUCCUCGGUCCCGGGUCGGAUGUGACACCGGUCGAGCCUCAGAGCUCAAAGCGCAUCAAGUCUCCUUCGCCCGGUAAUAUGCGGCCGACUGCUUUUGACAUUGACAGGUGUGUAGGUCGGUGAGGCCAUUAUACUCCCCGUCAAGAUGGUGGCCUUGUCACUGAAGAUCUGUGUACGGCAGUGCAACGUGGUGAAGACGAUGCAGUUUGAGCCGUCCACACCUGUGUACGACGCCUGCAGGAUCAUCCGAGAGCGAGUGCCAGAAGCCCAGACGGGACAAGCCUCAGAUUACGGCCUCUUCUUGUCUGACGAUGAUCCGAGGAAAGGAAUCUGGCUCGAGUCUGGAAGAACCCUGGAUUACUACAUGCUGCGAAAUGGCGAUGUCUUGGAGUACAAGAAGAAACAAAGGCCGCAAAAGAUCAAAAUGCUUGAUGGUGCCAUUAAAACCAUCAUGGUGGACGACUCGAAAACAGUCGGGGAGCUGCUCGUCACCAUAUGCAGCAGAAUAGGAAUCACCAACUACGAGGAGUACUCCCUCAUCCAAGAGGUGACGGAGGACAAGAAGGAGGAUGGCAUGGGGACGCUGAAGAAAGAGAGAACGCUGCAGCUCCGAGACGAGAGGAAGAUGGAAAAGCUCAAAGCCAAACUCCACACAGAUGAUGACUUGAACUGGCUGGACCACAGCAGGACAUUCAGAGAGCAAGGCGUGGAGGAAAGUGAGACCCUGCUGCUCAGGCGCAAGUUCUUCUACUCAGACCAGAACGUGGACUCGCGCGACCCUGUUCAGCUGAACCUGCUCUAUGUCCAGGCUCGGGAUGAUAUAUUGAAUGGAUCCCACCCCGUCUCCUUUGAUAAAGCCGGUGAGUUUGCGGGGAUCCAGGCUCAGAUCCAGUUCGGACCCCACGUGGAGCACAAGCACAAGCCCGGAUUCCUGGACCUGAAGGAGUUCCUGCCUAAGGAGUACAUCAAGCAGAGAGGGUCCGAGAAGAAAAUAUUCCAAGACCAUAAAAACUGCGGAGAGAUGACCGAGAUUGAGGCAAAGGUGAAAUAUGUGAAGCUCGCCAGGUCCCUGCAGACAUACGGAGUGUCUUUCUUCCUGGUGAAGGAAAAGAUGAAGGGUAAAAAUAAGCUGGUCCCGCGGCUGCUGGGGAUAACCAAAGAGUCAGUGAUGCGAGUGGAUGAGAGGACGAAGGAUGUUGUGCAGGAGUGGCCUCUGACAACAGUCAAGAGAUGGGCUGCCUCCCCCAAGAGCUUCACCUUGGAUUUUGGCGAGUACCAGGAGAGUUACUACUCCGUCCAGACUACAGAGGGAGAGCAGAUAUCCCAACUUAUUGCCGGAUACAUUGACAUCAUUCUUAAAAAGAAGCAGAGUAAGGAUCGUUUUGGCCUUGAGGGAGAUGAGGAAUCCACCAUGCUGGAGGAAUCAGUUUCCCCUAAGAAGUCCACAAUUUUGCAGCAGCAGUUCAAUCGGGUGGGUCGCGUGGAGCAUGGCUCGGUCGCACUGCCGGGCAUAAUUCGGUCCGGAUCCAUCGGCGGCCCCGACACCUUUAACGUGGGUGCUAUGCCCUCUGCCCAGCAGCAAAUCACCACAGGGCAGAUGCACAGAGGACACAUGCCCCCACUGAGUCUGGCCCAGCAGGCCCUGAUGGGAACCAUCAACAGCAGUAUGCAGGCCGUGCAACAGACCCAGACUGACCUGGGACAUGUUGAUAAUCUCCCUCCACUGGGCCAUGACUUGGCUUCCAGGGUUUGGGUUCAGAACAAGGUGGAUGAAUCCAAACAUGAAAUCCACUCUCAGGUUGAUGCUAUCACCGCUGGAACAGCGUCUGUGGUCAAUCUCACUGCAGGUGAGCCCACAGAAACGGACUACACCGCAGUGGGCUGCGCCAUCACCACCAUCUCCUCCAAUCUCACGGAAAUGUCCAAGGGUGUCAAACUGCUUGCGGCGCUGAUGGACGACGAGGUGGGCAGCGGCCACAGGCUCAUGGGUGCUGCCAGAAUGCUGGCAGGAGCCGUAUCAGAUCUGCUCCGAUCUGUUGAGCCUGCAGCUGCAGAGCCCAGGCAGACGGUGCUGACCGCGGCAGGAAGCAUCGGACAGGCCAGCGGGGACCUGCUCCGUCACAUGGGGGAGGGCGAGACCGACGAGAAGUUCCAGGACACCCUGAUGAAUCUGGCCAAAGCAGUGGCCAAUGCAGCUGCUAUGUUGGUCCUGAAGGCCAAGAACGUGGCCCAGGUGGCCGAGGACACCAUACUGCAGAACCGGGUGAUCGCAGCUGCCACUCAGUGUGCCCUGUCCACCUCACAGCUGGUGGCCUGCACCAAGGUGGUGAGCCCAACCAUCAGCUCCCCGGUGUGUCAGGAGCAGCUUGUCGAGGCCGGGAAGCUGGUGGACCGAUCGGUGGAAACCUGCGUCAAAGCUUGCCGCUCGGCCAGCGACGACGGCGAGCUGCUGAAGCAAGUCGGGGCAGCAGCCGGCGUGGUGAGCCAGUCUCUCAGCGACCUGCUGCAACAUGUCCGCCACUACGCCAGCUGUGGAGAGCCCAUCGGACGCUACGACCAGGCCACGGACACAAUCAUGAACGUGACAGAGAACAUUUUCACUUCCAUGGGUGAUGCUGGUGAGAUGGUGCGUCAGGCCCGGGUGUUAGCCCAGGCCACGUCUGACCUGGUCAACGCCAUGAGAUCUGAUGCGGAGGCAGAAGUGGAUGUUGACAACUCCAAGAAACUUCUGGCUGCAGCCAAACUCCUGGCUGACGCCACCGCUCGGAUGGUGGAGGCUGCUAAGGGGGCGGCUGCCUACCCGGAGAAUGAGGACCAGCAGCAGAGACUCCGAGAGGCAGCUGAGGGGCUCCGUGUUGCCACUAACGCUGCAGCUCAGAAUGCAAUAAAGAAGAAACUGGUCAACCGGCUGGAGAUAGCUGCAAAGCAGGCAGCAGCGGCUGCUACUCAGACCAUCGCAGCGGCACAAAAUGCUGCUGCUUCCAACAAAAAUACCGUCUCACACCAACAGCUAGUGCACAGCUGCAAGGCAGUAGCAGAUAGCAUCCCCCACUUGGUGCAGGGCAUGAGGAGUAGCCAGGCCCAGCCUGAGGAGCUGGGCGCCCAGCUCGCCCUCAUCAUGGCCAGCCAGAGCUUCUUACAGCCCGGAAGUAAGAUGGUGACAUCUGCAAAGUCGGCAGUUCCGACGGUGGCCGAACAGGCUGCGGCUAUGCAGCUGGGCCAGUGUGCCAAGAACCUGGCUACCUGCCUGGCGGAGCUCAGGACUGCCACCCAGAAGGCCCAUGACGCUUGUGGUCCUCUGGAGAUCGACUCGGCCCUCAAAACAGUGCAGACACUCAAGAGUGAGCUCCAGGAUGCCAAGAUGUCUGUCAUCGAUGGCCAACUCAAACCUCUUCCCGGGGAAUCGCUGGAGAAGUGUGCUCAGGAUUUGGGGAGCACGUCCAAGGCCGUGGGCUCCUCCAUGGCUCAGCUGCUAACGUGUGCUGCACAAGGCAAUGAACAUUAUACAGGCGUGGCUGCCAGGGAAACAGCACAGGCUCUGAGGACAUUGGCCCAAGCAGCCAGAGGCGUGGCGGCCAGCACCAAGGAGCCGCAGGCUUCGGCUGCAAUGCUUGACUCAGCCCAGUGUGUGAUGGAGGGCUCGGCCAUGUUGAUCCACGAAGCCCACCAGGCCCUGGUUCAUCCUGGAGACGCCGAGAGUCAGCAGAGACUGGCGCAGGUGGCCAAAGCAGUGUCGCACUCCCUGAAUAAUUGUGUGAAUUGCCUGCCAGGCCAGAAGGAUGUGGACAUGGCCCUCAGGAGCAUUGGAGAGGCCAGCAAGAAGCUGCUGGUGGACAUUCUCCCUCCCUGCAGUAAGACGUUCCAGGAGGCCCAGACUGAUCUGAACCACACGGCGGCUGAACUCAACCACUCGGCCGGCGAGGUCGUCCACUCCUCUCGUGGAACAAGCGGCCAGCUGGCUGCGGCCUCCGGCAAGUUCAGCCACGACUUUGAUGAGUUCCUUGAUGCCGGCGUUGAGAUGGCAGGACACACCCAAAGCACGGAGGACCAGAUUCAAGUCAUUGGUAACCUGAAGAAUAUCUCCAUGGCGUCCAGUAAGCUGCUGCUCGCUGCCAAGUCUCUUUCUGUGGAUCCAGGUGCAGCCAACGCAAAGAAUCUUCUCGCUGUAGCGGCAAGGGCGGUGACAGAGAGUAUUAACCAGCUGAUCACACUCUGUACCCAGCAAGCAGCAGGACAAAAGGAGUGUGACAACGCCUUGAGGGAGUUGGAGGCUGUCAGAGGGCUCCUAGAUAAUCCCAACGAGCCCGUCAGUGAACUCUCCUACUUCGACUGCAUCGAGAGCGUCAUGGAGAAUUCAAAGGUCCUUGGAGAGUCGAUGGCAGGCAUUUCACAGCACUGUAAAACGGGUGAUGUGGUCGCCUUCGGGGAGAGCGUGGGUGUGGCGUCCAAAGCUCUGUGUGGGCUGACGGAGGCUGCAGGACAGGCUUCUUAUCUUGUAGGUGUGUCUGACCCCAAUAGUCAGUCAGGCCACGAGGGGCUGGUGGAUCCCAUCCAGUUUGCUAGGGCCCACCAGGCUAUACAGAUGGCUUGUCAGAACUUAGUGGACCCAGCCAGUAGUCCCUCGCAGGUCUUAUCUGCAGCAACAAUAGUAGCCAAACACACCUCAGCUCUCUGUAAUGCCUGCCGCCUGGCUUCCUCUAAAACCUCCAACCCCGUGGCCAGGAGACAGUUUGUCCAGUCAGCCAAAGAGGUGGCCAACACCACCGCCAACCUCGUCAAAACCAUCAAGGUCAACUCCCCAACUGAUCAAAACGCCUUAGAUGGAGAUUUUUCUGAUGAGAACAGGAACAGGUGCCGCGUUGCUACGACCCCACUCCUUGAGGCUGUCGAAAACCUCUCGACCUUUGCCAACAACCCUGAGUUUGCGAGUAUCCCGGCUCAGAUCAGCCACGAGGGCUCCGCAGCACAGGAGCCCAUUGUGCGUUCAGCCCGCUGCAUGCUCGACAGCUCCACUUACCUUCUGGAAACGGCCCGCUCGCUGGUCCUCAACCCAAAAGAUCCUCCCACCUGGUCCGUUCUAGCUGGCCACUCCAGGACGGUGUCUGACUCCAUCAAGAGCCUCAUCACCUCCAUUAGGGACAAGGCACCAGGACAGAGGGAGUGUGAUUACUCCAUUGAUAACAUCAAUAAGUGUAUCCGGGACAUUGAGCAAGCUUCCCUGGCUGCAGUUGGGCAGACUCUGCCCUGCAGAGAUGAUAUCUCCAUGGAAGCGCUCCAGGAGCAGCUGACGUCCUCUGUGCAGGAGAUUGGGCAUCUGAUUGAUCCUGUCUCCACCACAGCCCGAGGCGAAGCUGCCCAACUCGGACACAAGGUGACCCAGCUGGCCAGUUACUUCGAUCCACUCAUUGUGGCAUCAGUGGGCCUGGCCUCCAAGCUCCUGGACCACCAGCAGCAAAUGACCAUCCUGGACCAGACCAAGACCCUGUCGGAGUCGGCCCUGCAGAUGCUCUAUGCUGCCAAGGAAGGCGGGGGAAAUCCAAAGGCGUCCCACACCCACGAUGCCAUCUCUGAAGCAGCGCAGCUGAUGAAGGAGGCUGUGGACGACAUCAUGGUGACUUUGAACGAGGCAGCCAGUGAGGGGGGCAUGGUCGGGGGCAUGGUGGAGGCCAUUGCUGAAUGCAUGGGCAGGCUGGAUGAAGGAACACCGCCUGAGCCCGAGGGCUCGUUUGUGGACUACCAGACUACAAUGGUGAAGUUCUCCAAGGCCAUCGCCAUCACUGCACAGGAGAUGAUGACGAAGUCAGUAACCUGCCCCGAGGAGCUCGGUGGCCUCGCCUCUCAGGUGACAGUGGACUAUGGACAGCUAGCGCACCAAGGACGUCUCGCUGCAGCUACCGCAGAGCCAGAGGAGGUUGGUUUCCAGAUAAAGACACGGGUGCAGGAGCUGGGCCAUGGCUGUAUCUACCUGGUCCAGAAGGCGGGAGCCCUGCAGCUCAGCCCCACUGACAGCUUUUCAAAACGGGAGCUCAUCGAGUGUGCACGCGCAGUCACAGAGAAGGUGUCCUUGGUACUGUCAGCGCUGCAGGCGGGGAACAAAGGCACCCAGGCCUGUAUCACAGCAGCAAGUGCUGUUUCUGGCAUCAUCGCUGACCUGGACACCACCAUCAUGUUCGCCUCAGCUGGAACACUGACCCCUGAGGAUGAAGAGUCCUUUGCUGACCACAGGGAGAGCAUCUUGAAGACAGCCAAGGCGCUGGUGGAGGACACCAAGCUGCUGGUUGCGGGAGCCGCAUCCAGCCAAGAGAAACUGGCCCAGGCCGCCCAGUCCUCGGCCAAGACCAUCACCCAGCUCACUGAGGUGGUCAAACUAGGAGCAACCAGCAUGGGCUCUGAGGACCCCGAGACACAGGUGGUUCUGAUAAACGCGGUGCGUGAUGUGGCCAAAGCUCUGGCCGAACUCAUCGGUGCCACCAAAUGUGCUGCUGGCAAGCAGGCUGACGACCCGUCCAUGUAUCAGCUGAAGAGUGCUGCCAAGGUCAUGGUGACCAACGUGACGUCUCUUCUAAAAACAGUGAAGGCAGUGGAGGAUGAAGCCACUCGCGGGACGAGGGCACUGGAGGCCACCAUUGAAUGCAUCAAGCAGGAGCUGACGGUGUUCCAGUCCAAGGACAUCCCAGACAAGUCCACCACACCCGAGGAGUUCAUCCGCAUGACAAAGGGCAUCACCAUAGCGACGGCCAAGGCAGUAGCUGCAGGAAACUCUGCUCAGCAGGAGGACGUGAUCGCCACUGCCAACCUGAGCCGCAAAGCCAUCUCCGAUAUGCUGACUACAUGCAAGCGAGCCGCAUACCACCAAGAAGUGAUCGAGGAGCUGAGGAACAGGGCCCUGCAGUACGGCUCCGAGUGCACCAUUGGAUAUAUCAACCUUCUGGAGCAAGUGCUGCAGGUGCUGCAGAAGCCCACACAGGAGCAGAAACAGCAGCUGGCCGUGCACUCCAAACACGUGGCAGCGUGUGUGACAGAGCUCGUCCAGACAGCUGACGCCAUGAAAGAUGGAGGAUCAGAGUGUGUGGACCCCGAGGACCCCACUGUCAUCGCUGAGACUGAGCUCCUCGGAGCAGCAGCAUCCAUUGAAGCUGCCGCCAAGAAACUAGAGCAGCUGAAACCCAGGGCCAAGCCCAAGCAGGCAGAUGAGACGCUGGAUUUCGAGGAACAAAUCUUAGAGGCCGCGAAGUCCAUUGCUGCAGCAACUAGUGCGCUCGUUAAAUCUGCGUCAGCAGCCCAGAGAGAACUGGUGGCACAAGGCAAGGUGGGAUCCAAUCUAGCCAAUGCAGUGGAUGAUGGCCAGUGGUCACAGGGUCUUAUAUCAGCGGCUCGUAUGGUAGCGGCAGCCACCAGCAACCUGUGUGAGGCAGCGAACGCCUCAGUUCAGGGCCACGCCAGCGAGGAGAAGCUCAUCUGCUCAGCCAAGCAGGUCGCGGCCUCCACGGCUCAGCUGCUGGUGGCCUGCAAGGUGAAGGCGGACCAGGACUCUGAAGCCAUGAGGAGACUACAGGCGGCCGGCAAUGCGGUGAAGCGGGCAUCAGACAACCUGGUGAAGGCGGCUCAGAAAGCAGCAUUUGACAAGACCGAAGAUGACAGUGUGGUGGUGAAGACCAAAUUCGUCGGGGGCAUAGCUCAGAUCAUUGCGGCUCAGGAGGAGAUGCUGAGGAAGGAGCGGGAGCUGGAGGAAGCCCGGAAGAAGCUGGCUCAGAUUCGACAGCAGCAGUACAAGUUCUUGCCCAGCGAGUUGAGGGAGGAUGAGGGCUGAGCGGCAAGGAGUGUGUGCUGCACUGAUGAGACCCUCUUGUCACGGGCUGAUGCUGCCAGUGUUCUAAUGGCUGCUUUACUCUCUUACAAUUGAGGAAUAUACAGCACUUGAAACAGGCCUGUUUAGUGAGGAAGACAAGUGCCUGUUUGUGUGUGUGUGUGUGUGUGUGUGUGUGUGUGUGUGUGUGUGUGUGUGUGUGUGUGUGUGUGUGUGUGUGUGUGUGUGUGUGUGUGUGUGUGUGUGUGUGUGUGUGUGUGUGUGUGUGUGUGUGUGUGUGUGUGUGUGUGUGUGUGUGUGUGCGCACGUGUGCGUGCGCGUGUGUGUUGUGUCAGUGAAUUGACAUUGACAUUCAAUAAGGAGAGCGUUGUUACAGUUGUCAAUAUGAGUAAGUUGAGAACAUGUGGUGAAGUCGUAUGGUAAAUGUAUCAUUGCUUUGUUGAGUGUUUCUGCAUCAUGAGCAUUACUGACUGUUACAAUCAUGAACUGAAGAUGUUAUGAUUGAGAAAUCCUCUAUAAUCAUUGAAUGUUCUAUACAUGUUGAAGGUUCAGAGCAAAUAGGAAGGAAAUGGAGAAAUCUCUUCAACUGGCAGAAGCAACCUAUGGCUCCAUAGCUUGUACUCUUAACAUCAUAUGUAAAAAAACAAAACGUCUAAGGGUUAAUUAAAAAAAAAGGCAGGAGGAGGGUUUCCUCAUUUCAUCCCUGCUUUGCAUGCACCAUAAUGUCUAUACAUAUCAAUGAUGCUACUAACCAAUAGAGUAGUAUAGAGUGAAAAGGCACUUGUAUUUUACUAGUAAAAUUUGAAAUUUGGGUUUGCUGUUCAUUGAGAAAAUCAUUUUAAAGUCGAGGAUUCUGAUUGAACUGUGUUGGUCAGCUUGACACCAGACAACAGGGUGUUCUGGCUGGAGUAAAUGACAAUAAAUACAAAUGAAAUGAAAAAACAGACCGUCAAUCUAUAAAAAAUAUUUAUUCUUGACAAAGUUUUCUAAGGAGAAAGUAGUUCUUUAAGAGCAGACAGAUGUAAUCUAUAUUAUUCACAACAGAAUCUGGACUAUGUGUGACCAAAUAUGUCUUGCCCUUUGAGCAUCAAGCCACUUCAUGUAGCCCCACCGCUUCUCACAUGCACAUAGCCGUGUAAGGAAUAUAUGUUCAUAUUGUUCGUCAUGUUUGUCCACCCCUUGUCUUCAUGUUUUACUUCCUCUCCCAUUAACACUGGCCAGAUUUAGAUUGGGUGCCACACACAAGCGGCUACAGUGAGCGAGUCACCCUGCAGUCUAUAGCAAUACAUGAGACUAGCAAGAUGAUAAUGAGAGUCUGCGCCGCUGCUGGUUGGAUGAUUACAUAUGUGCAGCGAUAUUUGGCUUUGGGCCCCUUGAAUGAAGCAUGAAACACGUUAUGCACUGAAGUUGACCAUGAACUUAUGCACUGAAGAAGGCAACGGAAAGCUUCCAUCGUAUUAAAUGUGGGACAUUCUCUUUACAAAAUAGAAGAAAAAAUAAAUAGCUUCAAGUUCUGAUUGAGGUAGCCGAUUCAGUCCUUUUUUUUCUUUUCUUAAGUAUAGUAACGUGUGAUAUAUAGGAAAUGUUAAGCACUUCAUCUCCGCAGUCUGUCCAUGCCAGUGUCUGGUCUGCAUUGUGUACUAGUGCCUUACUCUGAGUCUGUCCUGUGAGCAGCUGAAGAUCAGGCUGGAUGGGAGCUGGAGCCUGAGCCUGAGCCUUUUCCUCUCUGGAUCAGAACAUUAUGCCAUUCUAAAGCCCACCGGGGUCUUAAUAAACUGUCACCGAGUCCUCUGCCAUACAGUACGAUGCCUUGGCUGGUGACCCACCUGCCUACAAUGUUAUAAUGCUGAUAUUAAAAGGGCAUCUGUGGAUACCUUAGGAUUCAGAGACCAUUUCAGAAGACUAACACUAGACUGCAUUCCAUGAGCAUGUGGCAAUUUGUGUUUGUAACUUCCUUGUUUCUUUGUCUAAUCACCAUUAAAAAAUUUAAAAAUUUAAAAAACAUUUUUAUCAGUCAAUGUAAUAAUUACCCUGAAAUAUAUUGUCCAACUGAUUUGUCUGAGUAUCAACAGAAAUAGAAAACAUUAUUAGCUCUGUUAUGAAUCGGUGUUGUGCUUUCUUUGACAGACUGCAUUAGUUUCAUGAUUUGAUGCUGUAUGUAUAAUAUUUAUCUGGUCACAAAAGUAUUUUUUGUAUUCACCAAAAAUAAAGCGUUUCAAACAACCA